GCCAUCAACAUUUGCCCAAGCAGCAAAACUUAGAAGGAUGGCAACAGCUAAGGAGAAGGAACUUCAAAAAAGUCAGGAGAUGCAAAACAAAAAGAUAUUUUCUCAUGAUAAAUAUCUGAAAGCUGUAACAGCUCUGAAGGGAAUCACAUAUCUUGCAUUGCUUUUCUGGUUUUGGGGCGUUCCUCUUGCUACAUUAUCUCCUCAGCUUCUGCAACCUAUGGGGAAGCAACUGUCGUGGAGUGCUGGACGUCCUGUAAAUGGCAGUGCUGUGGUUGGCAUUAUACCUUGGUUAGCAUUAUCUGCCCGAAGUUGCAUACUGAUAAUCUCUCAAGGCUGUGUUUUGAUGGGGACACAUUUGCGAGCUCUCAUGUCAAAGUUGGUACCUGAUCUUAGUUGUUACGCCCCACUAUAGAUUUGUCUUUUCCCCUUUUUUGAAUGGUACUUAUUCUUACUAUUGUGGGCGAGCUUCUGAUGCAAUGGUUACGUUGUACUAUUGUAAUAUGUUGGUCAUAGAUUCAAAACAUGAAAUUAGUCUCUCUUGUGAAGCAGUGGGUACUGCUGUGUACAUUUGCCCCUCCUAGACCUUGCAGAAGUGGAACCUUAUGCAGUGGCUUGCUCACUUAUUCUUAGUA